GAGUGUCCUAUUCCUCCUCCUGGGGCAGCUCCGCCUGCCCAGCUGGCCCAGCCCCUCCACUUGUGCCAAGGAAUGUGCCAGGAGAGGCGGGUGGAGCAGCAGAGCCACGGCCGCCCGGAGGCAGCGCACAGGUCAACGUGGAGGUGCCAGGCCACCAUGCUCAGUCUCAAGCUGCCCCAACUUCUUCGAGUCCACCAGGUCCCCAGGGUGUUCUGGGAAGAUGGCAUCAUGUCUGGCUACCGCCGCCCCACCAGCUCGGCUUUGGACUGUGUCCUCAGCUCCUUCCAGAUGACCAACGAGACGGUCAACAUCUGGACUCACUUCCUGCCCACUUGGUACUUCCUGUGGCGGCUCCUGGCGCUGGCGGGCGGCCCCGGCUUCCGUGCGGAGCCGUACCACUGGCCGCUGCUGGUCUUCCUGCUGCCCGCCUGCCUCUACCCCUUCGCGUCGUGCUGCGCGCACACCUUCAGCUCCAUGUCGCCCCGCGCGCGCCACAUCUGCUAUUUCCUGGACUACGGCGCGCUCAGCCUCUACAGCCUGGGCUGCGCCUUCCCCUACGCCGCCUACUCCAUGCCGGCCUCCUGGUUGCACGGCCCCCUGCACCAGUUCUUUGUACCCUCCGCCGCACUCAACUCCUUCCUGUGCACCGGCCUGUCCUGCUACUCCCGUUUCCUGGAGCUGGAAAGCCCUGGGCUCAGUAAGGUCCUCCGCACAGCAGCCUUCACCUAUCCCUUCCUGUUUGACAACCUGCCUCUCUUCUAUCGGCUCGGGCUGUGCUGGAGCAGGGGCCACAGCUGUGGGCAGGAGGCCCUGAGCACCAGCCAUGGCUACCACCUCUUCUGUGCACUGCUCACUGGCUUCCUCUUCGCCUCCCACCUGCCCGAAAGGCUGGCACCAGGACGCUUUGACUACAUUGGCCACAGCCACCAGCUAUUCCACAUCUGUGCAGUGCUGGGCACCCACUUCCAGCUGGAAGCAGUGCUGGCCGAUAUGGGAUCUCGCAGAGCCUGGCUGGCCACACAGGAAGCCGCCCUGGGCCUGGCGGGCACAGUGGCCAUACUGGUCUUGGUGGUAGCUGGAAACGUAGUCAUCAUUGCUGUGUUCACAGCCUCCCUGCUUCGGGCCCCUAGUACAUGCCCUCUGUUGCAGGGUGGCCCACUGGAGGGUGGUACCCAGGCCAAACAACAGUGAGGCCCUGGAGGGGGCAGAGGCCAGGCCCCAGUGCUGGGGAGGAGCCCAGACCCAGGCCUCAUCAGGUAGGGACGCAUCUCAGCCUGGAACCAACGGUGGCUGAGGAGAGAGGGCAGAGGACAGAAGGCAGAGGAGAGGAGUGGUGUCUGGGGGGACUGGCAGCGUGUGAGGGACCAUGAGGGGCUCUUGAUGGGACUGAGGGAAGUGCUGAGGGUCUGAGAGGGAGGCGGGUGCAUGUCCAGGCUGAAGAUGCCCCCCCUACAAUGUCAGAGGUUGGGGCGGGGAGUGUUGGGGCUCUUUUGUCUGGCUCCGUUUCUGGUGCUCCUGGACAUCUCUGCUCAGCACAGGGAAGAACUAACACGACUAACCUGGGGCUACCCUGAAUGCUUCUUGCUAACCAGGCGGGGAGGGGGACACACUUGGCCCUCAUCCCCACAAGCCAGGUCAUGCCAGUUUGCCAGCAGCUAUUUACCUAUGGAGAUGAGUCUGUCCCGGACACAACUAUGUACUCGCGGUGACCAGGCUUUUGGGGGUGGGCCUAUCUGGGUGCAUCAUGGAUGUUCAGUGGACUGAGGUGUGGGGAGGAGGGUGCUGGGCUAGAGGGAGCUCUCUAGUUAGACUUCCUAGGCAUCCUAGGAGGCCACCUUCAAUGACUUCUGGAACAAGGCAGGUACAAAUAAAAAAAAUAAAAAACUUUGGAAAGCA